AGUCACCCAGGAGACGAUGGAGAGGCUGGUCAGGCCUCCUGGAAAGGGAGGAAGAGGGCCCUAGCUGGAGAGCUCCAUCAGCAGAGGCUGAGGAGGAGACACAAACCCUUGCUCCCUGACACCCCUCAGGGCCAACAUGGGGCAGGAGUUUAGCUGGGAGGAGGCAGAGUCAGCUGGCGAGAUAGAUGUGGCGGAGCUCCAGGAGUGGUACAAGAAGUUCGUGAUGGAGUGCCCCAGCGGCACGCUCUUUAUGCAUGAGUUUAAGCGCUUCUUCAGAGUCACGGAAGAUGAGGAAGCCUCCCAGUAUGUAGAGGGCAUGUUCCGAGCCUUCGACAAAAAUGGGGACAACACCAUCGACUUCCUGGAGUAUGUGGCAGCCCUGAAUCUUGUGCUGAGGGGCACCCUGGAGCACAAGCUGAAGUGGACCUUCAAGAUCUAUGAUAAGGACGGCAAUGGCUGUAUCGACCGCGUGGAGCUACUCAACAUUGUGGAGGGAAUUUACCAGCUGAAGAAAGCCUGCCGGCGAGAGCUACAAUCUGAGCAAGGCCAGCUGCUCACGCCUGAGGAGGUCGUGGACAGGAUCUUCCUCCUGGUGGAUGAGAAUGGAGAUGGCCAGCUGUCUCUGAACGAGUUUGUUGAAGGUGCCCGUCGGGACAAGUGGGUGAUGAAGAUGCUGCAGAUGGACAUGAAUCCCAGCAGCUGGCUCGCUCAGCAGAGACGGAAAAGUGCCAUGUUCUGAGGGGUCUGGGGUCGCUCCACGACCCUGGUUUCCCGGGUUGUGGGAAGGUCCCUGGCUCAGCCUGCUCAUACCCACUCUUCCCCUGGCAUAGACUCCCUGGCAUCCCCUGUUCAGGGCUGAGUGGGGUUGGGAAAGGGCUGCUGGGUCUGAAGUGACCAACAGGACAUAGUCCAUUCCGGCAGAUUCCUGGGAUGGUGAAGGAAA